CUUUAACUCCACAGGUGGCGGUAACGAGCAAACAGCCGCCAAGUGAACGCUUGCUGCUUGUUGCAACGUCAACAACAACGGAAAGAAACACGUCGAAAAACAGACGAUUUCUGGUUUAGUUAGUUAGGCAAGAUGACCGUGACUGUGACCAAGGCUAACGGAGUCACCGUUUAUACAGUGACGUCUGACAGUCAAAGUUGCUUGCCACCAUUUUGCCAACUCUUCAAGGAUAUGUGCUACAGCCCCAGGUGUUGUUCGGUGUCCCAGCGCAUGAAAACUAUCAUGGGCUCUUCCCAAACUCUGCUGGGGAGCCUGCAGAUCGCCGUGGGUCUGACGACCAUCGCCAUCGGCGUCCUCCCCAUGUUCGGAGGGUACGAAAACCCCUGGUGGAACAUGUGGGUCAACUUGUUCUCCUUAUGGAUGGGCUCGGUGUUUGUGCUUUUUGGCGCCAUCUGCAUUUUCUCUCAGAAGUACCCGAGUCCGUGUCUGGUCAUCAUCAACGCCAUUUUGAACCUCAGCGGCGUGCUUUUCGCCUUGUGCAACAUCGUCCUGUGCGCAAUCAACAUCGGCGUGAUAGACAUGUGGGACGUGUGCGAGUUCCCCAAUGAAGAGUACUCCUACAGCAGGCCGAGCAGACGUGAAAGAGACUUUGAGGAGCGAUGCCUGCAAGCCAAAGACCUGCUUCUUAUGUUCCUGAAAGGCAUCAACGGAAUUCUACUGGUGUUGGCUGUCUUGGAGCUGUGCCUGGUGCUCUCGUCCUCCAUUUUGGCCAUCAAAGCUCUCAGGAGCAACGAUAAGAGCCCUGAAGACGUGAAAGAAGACCAAACUUCUCCAGAGUUUGGAGACGAGGUGAUUCUCGUCAAACCUUGAGUCAAAAAUCCGAGAAAUAUUUUCAUCUUUUCUAAAGUCACGUAAAAUAAGAGGGAAAGCACAAACACUAUACAUCAUUGUAUUAAGGAUGAAAAGUCAGGCCAAUGGAUCCAUUGCAAAAAAAAAAAAAAAAGUACAAUUUAUAUUCGGAAAAAUAUGCUACUUAUCAUGUCUGCAGUUGAUUCCAUUUUUUUUUUAUAAAUGGAGAUAACCAUUUUUGUAAUCUGCUUUUUGCACUAAUUCUACAGUAUUUUUUAAACCCCCUUCUUAGACUUUAUAAUGUAUUGGCAGGACACAGGUCGCGGGGCCGAUAAAUAGGGGGCCUGCAUUGUUGGCGAGGCUGCAAAGCUGACCGAGUGGAAUCACAGACAGAGCUUUUUUCAUUGAAAAUUCUUGUGAAUGAAUGCUUAAAUCCCUGAAUUCUUUAUAGAUAUGGACGUAAAACAGUCUUGAUUCUUGGUUAAAAGCAAAAAAAUCUGUGCAGUUAGCGUUUAUUUUGCGUAAAUAUGUCGAAGUACUAUGCUAGUCUGUUAGUAAAUGUAGCUAGCGGCCGCCUGACGUACUCAGAGCUUUUCCGGUGAAAAUUCUUGUGAAUAAAUGCUUAAAUCCCCGAAUUCUUCAUAGAUAUGGACCUAAAACAGUCUCGAUUCUUGUUUAAAAGCAAAAAAAUCUGUGCAGUUAGCGUUUAUUUUGCGUAUAUAUGUCAAAGUACAAUUCUAGUCUGUUAAUGAAUGUAGUUAGCGGCCGCCUGAUGUAAGCAGAGUGUUUUCGGUGAAAAUUCUUGUGAAUAAAUGCUUAAAUCCCUGAAUUCUUCAUAGAUAUGGACGUAAAACAGUCUUGAUUAUUGGUUAAAAGCAAAAAAAUCUGUGCAGUUAGCGUUUAUUUUGCGUAAAUAUGUCGAAGUACGAUGCUAGUCUGUUAGUGAAUGUAGCCCAGUGGCCGCCUGAUGCAAGCAGAGCUUUUCCGGCAAAAAUUCUUGUGAAUAAAUGCUUAAAUCCCAGAAUUCUUUAUAGAUAUGGACGUUAAACAGCCUCGAUUCUUAAUUAAAAGGCCCCAAAAAAGUGCAGUUACAUUGAUUUUGCGUAAAUAUGUCAAAGUAAAUUGCUAGUCUGUUCGUGGAUGUAGCUAGCGGCCGCCUAAUGUAAACUGGGCAUUUCCGGUGAAAAUUCUUGUGAAUAAAUGCUUAAAUCCCUGAAUUCUUCAUCGAUAUGGAUGUAAAACAGUCUUGAUUCUUGGUUAAAAGCAAAAAAAAUCUGUGCAGUGAGCGUUUAUUUUGCGUAAAUAUGUCGAAGUACAAUGCUAGUCUGUUAGUAAAUGUAGCUAGCGGCCGCCAGAUGUACACAGAGCUUUUCCGGUGAAAAUUCUUGUGAAUAAAUGCUUGAAUCCCCGAAUUCUUCAUAGAUAUGGACGUAAAACAGUCUCGAUUCUUGGUUGAGAGCAAAAAAAUCUGUGCAGGUAGCGUUUAUUUUGCGUAUAUAUGUCAAAGUACGAUGCUAGUCUGUUAGUGAAUGUCGUUAGUGGCCGUCUGAUGUAAACGGAGCAUUUCCGAUGAAAAUUCUAGUCAAUAAAUGCUUAAAACCCCGAAUUCUUAAUAGAUAUGGACGUAAAACAGUCUUGAUUCUUGGUUAAAAGCAAAAAAAUCUGUGCAGUUAGCGUUUAUUUCACGUAAAUAUGUCGGAGUACUAUGCUAGUCUGUUAGUGAAUGUAGCUAGUGGCCGCCUGAUGUAAGCAGAGCUUUUCCGGUGAAAAUUCUUGUGAAUAACUGCUUAAAUCCCUGAAUUCCUCAUAGAUAUGGACGUAAAACAGUCUCGAUUCUUGGUCAAAAGCAAAAAAUCUGUGCAGUUAGCAUUUAUUUUAUGUCAAUAUUGCGUACUAUGAUGCCAAUGCAGUAGUGGCUAAUUUCUCCAAUUGGUUUUUUUCACAUUUCAAAAUGAUAAUUACCUUGAAUCCUCAAACAAGUCACUCCUGAGACAAUCCUUUCUGUUUGUAUGCGGUACAGUUUUUGUACUUUUUCAACAGAAGUCCGGCAUUAGAUCGCUGCCUGUGUGUGUUCGUGAAUAGCUCCUCUUAAUGUGGGCGGCCCCCUACUUGAAUGAUGAUCGAUCUGAGCCGUCAAUACAUUAUGAAGUCUAUGCAUCAUAGUAUUAAGUAUGAAAAGUCAGGCAUGUGCAUUCGUUGGGGGGGAAAAGUACAAUUUAUAGUCUGAAAAAUAUGCUACUCGUCAUGCCUGCAGUUGAUUCAAUUUUUUCAUAAAUUGAGGUAAACUUCUAUAUUUGUAAUCUGCUUUUGCACUAAUUUUACAGUAUUUUUCUUUUUUUACCCCCUUGAUGCUGUAGUUCACGUUUAGCAAAUAUACAUAAGAAAGCAUUGGGGGAAAUACAUAAUGCAGAAUAUUAUAUCCAAAAUGGCAUUGAGAAAUGAAAAUAAAAAUGGGAAAAUCCUAAAUUCAAAAUAGAUAUAGGAAUGGGAAAUUUAUUUGUAUCGCACAAUUCGACACGAUAGGUAAAAGUGCUUUACAUGCAGUGUUGUCACGGAUUACUUAAAAAAGUAAUUUAACUACUGAUUACUGAUUACACUUCAAAAAAGUAAUCUAGUUACUUUACUGAUUACUUUAUUAUCAAAGUAAGUAAAGUAACUUAUCAGUUACUUUUUACCAAUUUUUCUCCUUUUGCUGCCUCAACAUAAAAAUAACAGAAACAUUUCAUCACGUGUAAUUGAGUUUUUCACAUAAGGCUUAAUCUUUGCGUUAGCGGGGGUUUAAUUAGUCGAUGGAGUUGAUUUCAACCACCAUUGACUCGCCCUAGCUUAGCCAUCCAGGAGCCUUAAAACUAACAAAUAACUGACAAACUGCACGAAAUUUGUUUAAAUAAAGUCCAAUGACUAAUUAAAUCCCCGCUAACUCCAAGAUGAAGCCCAAUGUAAAAAAUUCUGAACUUCCCCUUUGAAAUAAAGACCUAGCCAUUAAAAUGUUGUCUAUAAAAGUUGUAAAGCAAUAAAACAACAAAAAUUUAUGAAAUGAACAAAAAUCCUACAACGUACAGUUUUCAUAAUUGUCAUAAUCAUUUUUCGAACAGACCAUGUGACUAGCACCUUGAGACUAUCCUUUGCUUUUCUUAGCCAAAACUACACCAGAGGAGGCAAGAUGGAUAUUUAGAAUUUCUUUAAACCUAAGCUUUCAAACGCUACCAACAACAACUUGAACAGCUGAUUGAACUCGAACAGUAUCAAGAUGUGUGUGUGUGUGUGUGUGUGUAUAUAUAUAUAUACAUAUAUAUAUAUAUGUGUGUGUAUAUAUAUAUAUAUAUAUAUAUAUAUAUAUGUAUAUAUGUGUGUGUAUAUAUAUAUACUGUACAGUAUUGACCAAAAGUUUGGAGACACCUCAAAGGUGGAUACUUUGAAGAAUGUAGAAUACAAAACCUGUUUUCAGUUAUUUCACUUUUUUUGCCAUUCCACAUGUUUGUUCAUAGUUUUGAUGUCUUCAGUGAGAAUUUACAAUAGCAGUGAAAAUAUAUAAAACGCAAAAAUUAUGAAGUGUGUCCAAACUUUUGACUUUCGUUUUAGUCUUCAACAUGCUUCUCCCCCCAGUCCCACAUUUGUAAAACUCCGCCUACGAUUACAAACUCUAACUAUAAAAUGUACAUAAUUACACAUAUUAUAAAGGCUAGUUGCUGGCUGUCUCGUCACCUGUCCUCUUGUUUUGAGUUUUUUUUUCGCGACGCGGACGGAUAUGUGAAGUAAUGGCUGUAUCUCCAGUGAGCAAAUGCAGCCGUUUGUUGUAUCUCUCCGUCUCCUUUACUGUUAGCAACAUAGCUAGCAGGCUAUGUGGCAGACGGCGUGCAUACAGCAUGGUACUGCACGUGACCCGUUUUUUUCCGAUGAGAAAACGUGAGAUGUGAUUUCACUCCCAAAUUCAAAUGUGGUAUUUUCUAUUCAAAUGCUCUUCGUACAUGACUACAGUAUUCUUCAUUCUACAUACAGUAUGAGGCAAAAACAAAAUAGUAACGCACAGUUACUGAGCAAACUAAAUUUAAUCAGAUUACUGGCUUGGAAAAACUAACGCGUUACAUUGCUCGUUACUGAAAGAAAGUAAUCAGAUUACUUUACUAAGUAACGCGUUACUGACAACACUGUAAUUACUUGACAUUAGAAAAACCACAAAUUUAUACUUAAAAGUCACAGUAAAUCAUCAAGAUGGUUAAAAUUCCAAUUCCAACAGGUAAUACAAAUUAACCCACCCACCCGCCCCCCAAAAAAUCAUUUAACUUGAAAUUUGAACAUAUUAUUUUAUAUAUUAAUUAAAAACUGAUAAUCAGGAGAAAAUAUAGAAAAUAGAACCUUUUUUCCUCACAUAUAUAAAUUCAAGAAAAACUUUUUCUUGCUCUUAUGUUUGUCAUAGGAUUUUCUCAUUUUUAGCUUUAUAUUUUUAAUUUAAUUUUCUUAAUAUUUUUGAAUAUGUAAAUUCAGCUAUCAAGGGGUUAAAAAUGAGCAAUUUUAUAUAGUCGAUGAAUGACACAUUUUUGCACUAAAGAAAUAAGAAAUUUAUAUUUUUUUCUAUAAAUUUGUUAUGCAAAUAAAUCGUCACAACGCUUGUGUGAGUUUUGAUUUAUUCAUUUAUACAUAUGAUGGAUAUUGACUGCAAGCGUAUCGGAUUCCUCCUCAAAUCUGAUUUUUGGGGUGGACCCCCUCCGCCCACCGAGUGGCCUCCGUGUGAUGUCAUAGAUGUCCGAUCCGCUUGAAGUGGGAGGGAUGGAAGAAUGUUUAUUGGAUGCCACACUCCCAGUUGAAAUGGACUCGACGUCUACCAGUGAUAAACUCAUUCCUAUUGAUGCUAAAUACAACUUUUUUUCCCCUGUUGUUUUUAAAUGUUAUGAAACCAGAAAGUAUUGUGUUGUGUUCUCUUGAUGAAUUAUGAGUUUGCAUUUCUUUUGACAUCAUGUUUGGAGGCAUUGCUUAAAGAUGGACGCUCCUGGUUCAGCACCUUCAUUCCCGCUUGCAGGAACUCUUCCUCGUCGUCUUCCAGCUGCGGUCAGAAAAUACAGCUUCCUUUAGUUUAGCGUAGCAUCUAGCAUAGCUACUUUUCAUGUCUGCCCAUAUAUUGUAAUCAGAGGUGAUUAGAUUAGCCAAAUAUUUGACUCAAGUAAGAGUAGCGUUACUUCAAAAUAAAUGUACUCAAGUACAAGUAAAAAAAACUAUUUGGUUAAAAGAAUACAGGUAGUCCCCGGAUUAUGACGAAUUCGACUUCUCGUCCGCCAUUUUGUCUCCAGUCGUUUUUUGUUUGUGUGUUAAACAGUGCCUUAUUGUUCCUCAAAAGAUCUUUUUUUUUUACUUUAUCAA